ACAGUGGCCUCACCACUGAAGGGGGAGCGUGUGUGAUGGAAUUCAUUUGUGGGGGUCACUGUGCGGAAACUGCAUGGGGCCAACACACCACACUACCUCGGCAGAGCAUUAGACGAGAUGCUUAUCGCUAAGAGCUCGGAUCCUGAUCAUCCACUCGUGAUUCAGGGUCUGUGAAAGGCCUGGCAACUCGACGAGCCGCAAAUUGCAGGAAUGGUUCCCGCUCGAUCCAUUUGUCACCACACUUUGGCUUCCAUGUUUUUGGAGUAGGAAUCAUCCUCCCUGUUGUGAUUUGGUUCCAAAAAGGAAAAACCACAUCAGAUGGAACCCUUGGAAGGUUAUGUCGACUGGCGGAAAAGGCCUGCCGUAGGAGGCCGCCACGGUGGCAUGCUCGCAGCCUCCUUCAUCCUAGCUGUGGAGGCACUGGAGAACUUGGCCUUCCUGGCCAAUGCAAGCAACCUCGUGCUGUACCUCACCAAGUUCAUGCAUUUCUCGCCCUCAAACGCGGCGAACAUGGUGACAGACUUCAUGGGGACGGCCUUCUUCCUCGCCCUUCUCGGUGGUUUUUUAGCAGACAGUUUCUUCACCACUUACAGCAUAUACCUAAUAAGUGCUACGAUAGAGUUCACGGGUCUUGUGCUGCUCACACUUCAAGCUUGCAUACCUUCGCUGAAACCGCCAAGCUGCAAUCUGAGUAAGACCGAGGCACCGUGCCUUGAAGUGAGUGGUGGGAGAGCCGUCAUGCUGUUUGCAGGACUCUAUCUCGUAGCUCUGGGUGUUGGUGGAAUAAAAGGUUCGCUCCCGCCGCAUGGUGCUGAGCAAUUUGACGAGACCACAGCAGAGGGCAGGAAGCGCCGGUCGACCUUCUUCAACUACUUCGUGUUCUCACUUUCAUGCGGGGCCCUCAUGGCGGUCACUUUCGUGGUGUGGAUCGAAGACAACAAAGGGUGGCAGUGGGGCUUUGGGAUUUCCACUGUGACGAUUCUCAUCUCAAUCCCGAUCUUCCUACUCGGUUCUUCGACAUACAGGAUUAAGGUCCCGGAAGGGAGCCCGAUCACAACCGUGCUCAAGGUAGUGGCUGCUGCCACCUACAACACUCUCAAAUCCCGGAAUGCUUCCCAUGUCGUCGUUAGCAUGGACUUGAACCCGUCUUACGCGAGCCAGAGUAGCGAGGGCGAGGAAGUGAAUUCCAAUAAGAAGUUGUCGAACCCGAGCAGGACCCUGUCACACAACCUUAAGUUCCUCAACCGAGCCGUGACUGAGGAACCUAACCACGAGUUCCUGCAGUGCACAGUGAAUCAAGUGGAAGACGUGAAGAUCGUGCUCGGGAUCCUCCCCUUCUUCAUGUCAACAAUCAUACUCAACUGCUGCCUCGCACAGCUCUCGACCUUCUCGGUCCAACAGUCCGCCACUAUGAACACCAAGCUUGGCUCCCUAAGGGUUCCACCGGCCUCUCUUCCUGUCUUCCCGGUCCUCUUCAUCAUGCUCCUUGCCCCGGUCUACGACCACAUCAUCUUACCAUUUACCCGUAAAUUGACCAAGACCGAGACAGGCAUAACCCAUCUGCAGCGCAUUGGGACGGGGCUAGUCCUCUCCAUCAUGGCAAUGGCAGUGGCGGCUCUUGUCGAAGUGAAACGCAAGAACGUGGCAGAGAAACUCGGAAAGAUGAACUCAGCCGGACCCCUUCCCAUAACUUUCCUAUGGAUUGCCCUGCAGUACCUGUUCCUCGGAUCAGCCGACUUAUUUACACUGGCAGGGAUGAUGGAGUUCUUCUUCACGGAGGCUCCACAGAGCAUGAGGUCCAUGGCUACGGCCUUCUCGUGGGCCUCAUUAGCCAUGGGAUACUACCUCAGCUCCGUGCUUGUGGCGGUCGUUAACAAGGUCACACGGCAUUUCUGCCAGGUCCCUUGGCUGUCUGGUUCCGACUUGAACCAGUAUCACCUGGAGAGGUUCUACUGGCUCAUGUGCAUCCUCAGCGGGGUGAAUUUCCUGCAUUAUCUCUUCUGGGCCUGUCGAUACAAGUACAGUACAUUAACAUAAUAGCAGGAAAUUCUUUACUAUUUGGAUACUUCUUAUGUAGCGCAGCGAGAUACUUUUCUUAGAUGAAUAACUCGGGGAUCAGAGAUCCCCUUCGUCCUAUAUCAGUUCCCGAUUAUAUAAUCAGCUGAUACGAACAUAUCACAGUGUGAGUCUCUCUGUACCAUGCUGCAAGAUUGUAGACUCUCUCUCCCAUGAAUAAAAAUACCACAGUUGUUACCUGCGUCGA